GGGUACAGCAGAUGAUCCAGAUGAUCACGUGACCGCAUCUCCGGUCAGCGGGCAGCGCUUCCCAAAGUCGCCACCGUCUCCUGCACCCAGUUCCUGCCCCACACGCCUCUUUCUAGAAAUGUAUUUAUCAUCCUGUGGGUGUUUUGGUGAAUGUGUGGGUGCCACGUGCCUGGUGCCACGGUCGCCGGAAGAGGGCGUCAGAUCCCGAGUACUGAGUCACAGUUGCCGUUACGUGGGAAGCGAACGCCGGCUCUACAGUCCCGACCCUUUCCGAGCUCUAACCCCAAGGAGAGAAGUGUAGACCCGCUCUUGCUGGCUGUGACCUGGAAAAUGGGCUCCCGAGCGGCAGGGGUCUCCUGGACGCUCAGUCCGGGCCGAGUGUCAGCCGCGCCCUCCAGUCCCCUGUCCAUCACGGCCAGCGGCGCGAGUCCUUCCUGUACCGCUCGGACAGCGACCAUGAGUCUUUACACAAGGCUGUGUCCCGGACCUCCUCGGCGGCCAGCGACCUACUUGGAGAAGACAUGAUUGUCACACCCUUCGCCCAGGUCCUGGCCAGUCUCAGGACGGUCCGUGGCAACGUGGCUGCCCUUGCACAUGGCCUGGGCAGUGUCGCCAGGCAGGUGCUUCUUGAGACCCCUCCGCACAGCAGCCAACAGGAGGCCCCAGCAGGUAUCACCCCACCCACACCCCGAGGGCAGCUGUGAAAGUCCUCCCAUCCUGCCCUUGGAUUGUGGCUCAUCGUAAACAGGCUCCACCCCCAAACCCACAUUUGCACUCAGACCCCCCACACACACACACUCACACACAUACUACAGACCAGAGAGGGUCCUGGGCUUCUGUCUGCCGUGACAGUCACUCGCAGGAGGCUGUGGAGCUGUGGCCCUGGGUUCCGGGGGUUGAGGUUCGGAGAUGAGGGCGGCACAGACUCCCAACGGGGGUCCCUGCCCUGACCCACCUGGCUCCCAGAGGACUCUGGGCUGCAGCUGGCACAGGAGACGCUGGAGGAGCUGGACUGGUGCCUGGAGCAGCUGGAGACAUUGCAGACUCGUCGCUCGGUGGGCGAGAUGGCCUCCAACAAGUUCAAGCGCAUGCUCAACCGGGAAUUGACCCACCUGUCGGAAACCAGCCGCUCAGGGAACCAGGUGUCGGAGUUCAUCUCGCAGACGUUCCUGGACCAGCAAGCUGAGGUGGAGUUGCCUAAGCCGCCCACGGAAGACGACCAGUGGCCCAUGGCCCAGAUCACUGGGCUGCGACGAUCGCCCCACACCAGCCUUCCCACAGCUGCCAUCCCACGCUUUGGGGUCCAGACAGACCAGGAGGAGCAGCUGGCUAAGGAGCUUGAAGACGCCAACAAAUGGGGAUUUGAUGUGUUCAAAGUGGCUGAGCUGAGUGGGAACCGGCCCCUCACAGCUGUGAUGUUCAGCGUCCUCCAGGAACGGGACCUGCUCAAGACGUUCCAGAUCCCAGCGGACGCGCUGCUGAAGUACCUGCUGACUCUAGAGGGGCACUACCACUCCGACGUGGCGUACCACAACAGCACGCACGCUGCCGACGUGGUGCAGUCUGCGCACGUGUUGCUGAGCGCCCCAGCCCUGGAGGCCGUGUUCACAGACCUAGAAGUCUUGGCAGCUAUCUUUGCGUGCGCUAUACACGACGUAGACCACCCGGGUGUCUCCAACCAGUUUCUCAUCAACACCAACUCGGAGCUGGCCCUGAUGUACAAUGACUCAUCCGUGCUGGAGAACCAUCACCUCGCGGUAGGCUUCAAGCUCCUGCAGGGGGAAAAUUGCGACAUCUUCCGGAACCUCAGCACCAAACAGAGACUGAGUCUGCGCAGGAUGGUCAUAGACAUGGUACUGGCCACAGACAUGUCUAAACACAUGAGCCUUCUGGCCGACCUCAAGACCAUGGUAGAGACAAAGAAGGUGACUAGCCUUGGUGUUCUGCUCUUGGACAACUACUCCGACCGCAUCCAGGUCCUCCAGAGCCUGGUGCACUGCGCCGACCUUAGCAACCCUGCCAAGCCGCUACCCCUCUACCGCCAGUGGACCGAGUGCAUCAUGGCCGAGUUCUUCCAGCAGGGCGACCGGGAGCGUGAGUCAGGCCUGGACAUCAGCCCCAUGUGCGACAAGCACACAGCCUCAGUGGAGAAAUCCCAGGUGGGAUUCAUUGACUACAUUGCUCACCCACUGUGGGAAACAUGGGCUGACCUAGUGCACCCCGAUGCCCAGGAGCUGCUGGAUACCUUGGAAGACAACAGAGAGUGGUAUCAGAGCAGGAUUCCCUACAGCCCUCCACACAGCACUGGCUCGGACAGGUUCAAGUUUAAGCUGACCCUGGAGGAGACGGAGGAGGCAGAGGAAGAAGAAGAGGGGGAAGAGGAGGAAGAAGAGGAAGGGCAGUACACAGCACUGAACAGAGAGUCCUCAGAGCCACCCAGCACUUAAUUCCUGUCCUCCAAGGCCAACCCAGAGCCCAGCAUCUGCUUUGUCUAACAAGCUGGGCUAGCCUGGACCAUGAGGUCAUGGUCAGGCACCUAUGGGCUCUGAUGCCUUCUCUUUUUACCAGUCAAAGAUACAGCCAAGAUUUACCCAUAGCCAAGCUUGAGGUCCUGAAAGCCUGUGGCUGGGGUUAACUCUGACCACAGGCUUGGCUGGAAUGACACCAGGGCCUGGGCAGUGCCACCUCAUGUGUCUCAGAAGAUGGACUCGGCUUCAGUCUGUACGCAGGCUACAGCAGGACUCUGUGUUCUGGUUUAGUUGAUUUCUUCUUGGUGCUGAAGAUGGAACCCCAGAUUCCCAUGGACUCUGUGAGCAUAGUGACCCCCAGUCCCAACAUAGGCCCUUGAUGUCCUGCCUUCCCCAGUCCAGCCGCAAGCCUUUACUGAGUCCCUCAGGGGAGAUCCCUUUUGUAAAAUGCAGGCAGGGACUACCUCCCACAGAGGUCUGGUGUCUCGCCAAUGGCUGCACAAGACUCUUCUUAGAUACCGGGAGGCCAGUGACCCCUGCAGGCCUCAGGCUUGCCCUGAGCUGCUCAUACACGUCAUGAAAAUGGUGAUGAAUCAGUGAGGAUCCCCUUCUCCAACAAGAUCGGGCUUCUCAAACCAGUGUGCCGCUGAAACACUGCUGUUCUCCACAGGCGUUCCCCAGACUCAGGAGGUGGAGACAGCUGGUCCACACUGGGCAGCCCGGCCUGAAAUAAAAAGAUCGAGAGUGUGGCUAAGGGGUGGAGCCAAUGAGGGGUGUGGGCGUGGCUCUGGUAACAGAGCUUUAGCUUGUGGGAAGUCCUGAGUUCCAUUUCUAUCACUGCAAAAAUAGAAAUAAACCUGCUCACUCACUUGUGGGGAAACUG